CAGUUCGCCGAGAUCCUCCACUUCACCCUCAGCUUCGACGAGCUCAAGGUACCUCCCCGUGACCCCUCCGGGUGGGACGACAGCUGGGGGGUUGCAAAAGCCGUGAGCGAGCUCCCCAUCAUUCCCCCCAAGCUGGACGCGGAGAGCGAGGUGAACAACGAGAUGGCCAACAGGAUGUCCCUCUUCUACGCCGAGGCCACCCCCAUGCUCAAAACGCUCAGCAAUGCCACCACCAAGUUUGUUUCGGAGAACAAGACCCUCCCGAUCGAGGACACGACCGACUGCCUGAGCACCAUGGCCUGCGUCUGCAGGGUGAUGCUGGAGACCCCGUGAGUACCCCGCACGGGGAGGGGGGACACCUUGGUGCCAGGGUCCCGGUGCCGAUGGGGAGGAAAGGUGACAGCCCCCCAUGCGCAUCCAUCUGCUCACUGCCUUUCUCACUCCCCCCACCAGAUGAAAGGCUGCAUCAAAGUCUUGAAAGACCAACCCUCAACCAGCACCGAGGGGCUUCUGAACGCUCUGAGGUCCACCACUCGGCACCUCAACGAUGACACCACGUCCAAGCAGAUCCGGGCCCUGCUGCAGUGA